AUGACGGCCGUUCUGACAGAAACCCCCCCUCAGGUGCGUACCUCUGUGCGAUACAGCACCUUUAGCAUGGCGCCCUCAUUCGCCAACACCGUCCAGACCACCGACUCGGCCCACGCCGAGAUCACCGACAUUGCGACCGGCCUCGACCGCAUGGAAAACAAGGCUCUCAGCUCCCAAAGAGUCACCCUGAGCGAGGAGAAGAGCGCAAACCUGAGCAAGUUGGCCCUCGGUGCCAAGCUCGAGCGUGCACUGGACCGAAGAAUGAGCAGCCAGGACGCCGUAAUGCGUCCUCGCGGCAAAACCCUGACCGAGAAGCCUGCUCAGGCAGCAUAG